AUGGCCUUCACUUUCGCGGCUUUCUGCUACAUGCUCUCCCUGGUGCUGUGCGCUGCGCUCAUCUUCUUCGCCAUCUGGCACAUCAUUGCCUUUGAUGAGUUAAGAACAGAUUUUAAGAGCCCCAUAGACCAGUGCAACCCUGUCCAUGCGAGGGAGCGGCUGAGGAACAUUGAGCGCAUCUGUUUCCUUCUGCGCAAGGUCAGAGGGGUUCCUCCAGGAGGACAAAGGCGGGGCUAGGGGCAACGUGGAUGAAGGGGGUCAAAGCUGGUGCUGCCCGAGUACUCCAUCCACAGCCUCUUCUGCGUCAUGUUCCUGUGUGCUCAGGAGUGGCUCACCCUGGGGCUCAAUGUCCCUCUACUCUUCUAUCACUUCUGGAGGUACUUCCACUGUCCGGCCGACAGCUCCGAGCUGGCCUACGACCCACCGGCAGUCAUGACCGCGGACACCUUGAGCUACUGUCAGAAGGAGGCCUGGUGCAAGCUGGCCUUCUACCUCCUCUCCUUCUUCUACUACCUGUACUGCAUGAUCUACACUUUAGUGAGCUCUUAAAGACCACGCACAUCAUCAGAGACUGGGAUGGGAGAGAGCGGAGGCUGAGAAGUCACAUAUGCUGGCGACUGGAGAAGGGACCCGAGUGGGGACGUGUGAGAAGGAGACCCGGCCGACACCGACUCACCCAGAACUGGGAUGGGCGGCAGCUGGGAGGCCGCGUCAACCGUGUGUCCCAGGCUUCAGUGUUCACGCCGCACUCGGGUGGUAGACCCCUUCCGAGCAGCGGGGGCCUCCUGAGCAAGAAUUGCUGCUUCCUGGAUCCACUUCAUCAAACAACUCCCCCCACGUUCACUCUGAUUCCCUGCCCCAUGGGAGUUGGGACUGGAAGUCUGGAAGGUGCCUGCCAAGGCAUGGAAUGACCCAGAGUCAAGGCUGGGUCUGUGGGUCCCACUG